GUCGGCAGGUGCGCAGUUGGCAUCAAAACUGCGCCGUCUGUGGCGCCAGAGGCAGCAUAUCACGCACGCAAGUAAUAAGUGCCAGCUGUAGACGACCACCACACACGCCGGGCAGCCUCGCACGCGUACGAUGGCCAUGGCAGCCACCCCGAGCCGGCCCGGUGAUCACGAGACGGAAUUUACAAGACCUGGCGUGUCCGAGGAUGAAAUCGAGGAAAUCAAAAAGGUUUUUACGAUGAUGGAUACGCAGAAUGGCAGGCGGCCCGCGAGGGGCCAGCUCGACCCCAACCAACUGAUGGAGGCCAUGAACGCGCUCGGGAUUGUGUGGAAGAAGUCUGACGUCUACCAGACGCUAGCCGAGGUCGACCACGACAACAGCGGCACGGUCGGACUAGAAGAAUUUAUUAAUUUGACGACGGCACUGGUGACCGAGGCCGACCUGGACCGGACAAACGGCAACUUCGAUGCUUUGUUUGCCAAGUUCGACCACGGCGGCGAUGGGUACGUGGACCUCGCCAAGCUUCGCUUCGUGUGCCGGGAGCUCGGUGAGCAAUUGGGGUCUGGGAGUGAGCAGGCCGACGACCAGCUGCGAGAGAUGCUGAAGCACGCGUCCAAGGACGGAAGCGGAGAACGGGUGACGAAGGACGAGUUGUAUGAUUGCCUCGCGAAGACUAGGUUGAUGUAAGGCGGUUUCAACUAAGGGGCGCGUCG